UCUAACAAAACAAAGUAUGCAACAUUUAAUUUGUUGCGUCAGCAUUUAACCUUUUAAAUAACUAAGACCAAAUAUACAACUUUUAAAUGUUUUGAAGCAAAAAAACUUAUAAAAUAUAAAUACCAAAACCAGACAAGUGUAUUCUGCAACCACAAAACAUUAUUUAUACCUAAAAAUUCAACUAUAAAAAUGAUGUAUUUUUUUUUCCCUAAUCAAGCAUGUCCUUUGUCCUAUUAUCCUAAGUGUAAAGUAACUUUUACAAUGCUACUAAGAAAAUAUCAAAGUGGGGUCCACUUCCCACUGUCGCUACCCUGAAAAUAUCGAAGUGGGUCUAGAGUUCGAUGGUUACAAGUCAGAAGAAGUAUAAUUUUAUCCAAAGUUCUAUGCGAAGUGCCAAUAAACGGAGACAACUGUUAUAUAAAGAUUAAAUUACAAUCACAAGUAGUUUAUAUGAGUAAGACAUAGAAUUAGAGCAUUCUUUCAGUUCAGGGAAUCCAAAUAGACAGACACAUUCUUCAUCACUCUUUGGAAGCACAGCAUCACACCACAGCCAUGGCCAAAGUUGGAAGAAUGAAGCUGGGGUCACAGGGCUUGGAGGUGUCUCAGCAAGGACUUGGAUGCAUGGGAAUGUCUGCUUUCUAUGGACCUCCAAAGCCAGAACCUGACAUGAUUUCUCUCAUUCACUAUGCUGCACAAAGUGGUGUUACAUUCCUUGAUACCUCUGAUGUAUAUGGUCCUCACACCAACGAGAUUCUACUUGGAAAGGCUUUGAAGGGAGGGGUGAGAGAGAAGGUUGAAUUGGCAACCAAGUUUGGAAUCAGCAUGUCUGAUGGUUUUAAAGUUGAGAUCCGUGGAGAUCCAUCAUAUGUGAGAGCUGCUUGUGAGGGAAGCUUGAAGAGGCUUGACAUUGAUUGCAUUGAUCUCUAUUACCAACAUCGAAUCGAUACUCGUGUUCCAAUUGAAGUCACGAUUGGGGAGCUUAAGAAGCUUGUUGAGGAGGGAAAAAUAAAAUACAUUGGUUUAUCUGAGGCGUCAGCUUCAACAAUCCGAAGAGCGCAUGCUGUUCAUCCCAUAACAGCAGUGCAGUUGGAGUGGUCUCUUUGGUCAAGAGAUGUUGAGGAAGAGAUAGUUCCAACUUGCAGGGAACUUGGAAUUGGAAUUGUGGCAUAUAGUCCUCUUGGGAGAGGAUUCCUUUCAUCAGGAACAAAAUUGAUUGAGAAUUUGUCUGAGAAUGACUUCAGAAAGUAUAUGCCUAGAUUCCAACCUGAGAACCUAGAGAAGAACAAGACUAUAUUUGAGAGGGUUAAUGAAAUGGCAGCUAAGAAGGGAUGCACCCCGUCGCAGCUUGCAUUAGCAUGGGUUCACCACCAAGGAAAUGAUGUGUGUCCCAUUCCUGGAACCACCAAGAUUGACAAUCUUAACCAAAACAUUGGUGCUUUGUCUGUGAAACUUACACCGCAAGAAAUGACAGAACUCGAGUCCUUCGCUGCUGCGGAUGCUGUCAAGGGUGAUAGAUACGCAAGUGAUAUAACUACAUGGAAGAACUCUGAUACUCCACCACUUUCUUCUUGGAAAGAUGUUUAGUUAAGUUGCAUCAGUGCUUAUACUGAUAUAGAUAUAUAUAGCCCUGCACCUUUGGUAUUUAAUGUUUUUGGGACACGUUUUCCCUUUUGAAAUAAAGAUAUCAGGCACCGGAUUUGAUGGUCCCAGAACGUUUGGACCAUUAAAUGGUCCUAGAACAAAACAUGUUUUUUAA